GAUUGGCGAAGGGCAGAGGAAAGUGAUGUGGGAGGUCGCAGAGGCACACCGAAGGUGACGAUUGGUGAAUGGAGACAGGAUCCGGAUUGGCGGAAGAUGAGAAGCUGGCCCGUACGGAAAGCGAUGAUUGGUUGGCAGGAUAAGUCUCGAGCAUGCGCAGGGACAAGAGACAGCGACAGACUCGCUGUCCCAGAAUGUCUCGCGGUUAGGGCCAUGCUCGGUGCUGUGGGCCGCUUGGGCCGCUCGGUCAGGCCUCCGGCCCCGGCUCCUUCUUUACCACUAUUGCUACCGCCCGCACGAGGCCGUAAGAGCCGCCAUGACCCGCCCGCCAAGUCCAAGAUCGGGCGCUUGCGAACUCCGACCCCCGUAGAUCCCGUCGAGAUGUAUAUAUUAACGGAGCGGUACAAGAGUUACAGGCAGAUUGUACGGGCACUCAGGCUUGAAUUCAUGGAGGAGAUUUGGAGAAAAACAUAUGAUGAGAAAUAUGGGGGACUAAAAGCUAUACGAGAGGCUGAGGAACACAAGCAACUCAUGGCCUGGAACCAAGCAGAGAAUGCUCGGCUGCAGGCAUUGAGGAUCUCCAGAUUUCAGCGGCAAAAGCAGGAACAGGAACAGCUUCGGGCACAGGAGGAGAUGCAGAAGGCCCAAGAAAUGGAAGCUUUUGUCCGUGAGAAGGAGAAAGAGGUUCUGCAGUUGCAGGAAGAUGCGAAAACAUUCAUUACUCAGGAUAACUUAGAGGAGAAGAUUGAAGCCGCCCUCAACAAUCCUCGGAACUACAAUUGGGCCCUUAUCAAGGAGGGCCAUGUGGUUCGACCCCCUCGAGGGACUUAGGGGUGCCAGGUGUGGCAGCUGCCAGAGCUGAAGGGAGGCAGCUGGAGCUCUGGGAGCUCCUGUCUUUCUCUUCCACACCCUCUCCCCCACAAUCCAGCCUUUAUCUGGCCUCCUUAUUGAGAAAUAAGAACUAAGCAGUUUACAGAAUAAAGGGAUGAUGCCUUUUUUUAAA